AUGCCUGGCAUGUGCUUCUCGCAGAGCGUGUGUGGCCUCCUGGGCGCUAGGCCGGGGCCCACGCACUGCGGCCUGAAGCGGGGACAGCUCGUCCUCUCGGACAGGCCAUUCCCAGGCGCGUCGGCCAGGCUUCCGCUCCAGCGACCCCCUUUCUGCCCUUUUGCGGCCCUGGACCAGCAGCCCGGGGCUCCUGGGGCCGAGCUGCCCACGAAUCGAGGUGUGGAUCUGGGUGUGGCGGUCAUUCUGCAGUCCAGCGAUCAGACCGUCUUGUUGACCCGAAGGACACGCACCCUCAACGUUUCACCCAACCUCUGGGUACCCCCAGGUGGGCAUGUGGAACUUGAUGAAGAGCUGUUGGACGGAGGGCUUCGAGAGCUUUGGGAGGAGAGUGGACUACAGCUGCCCCGGGGCCAGUUCUCUUGGGUCCCUCUGGGGCUAUGGGAGUCUGCCUACCCUCCUAGGCUGAGCUGGGGUCUCCCCAGAUACCAUCACAUCGUUCUCUAUCUACUUGUCAUCUCCCAGGAGUCACAGCAGCAGCUGCAGGCCCGGAUCCAACCAAACCCAGGAGAGGUGAGCGCCUUUAUGUGGCUGGGACCAGAUGUAGCAGCUGCAGUGGCUGCCUCAGAGGAUGGGACAGAGACACCCAGACAUCUUCCCCAGGACCUACCACCCUCUGUCCCUGCGGUGGAACUAGGAGAGGACGGAGGAGCUCGACCUCUGGCCUUGCCCACGUCCACCCUGCUGCGGACCACCCCAGCCGUGGCCGACAGCCAAGAGAGGGUUAGCACAGGGACCAAGUUUGCCCUCAGGCUCUGGCUGCAACACCUGGGCAGUGUGACACCCCUAUCACGUGGAAGUGGAGCUCCCUCAGACCCGGGGCCAGCAAAGGAAGAACAGAAUGUUGACCCUCUCCCCCCCGGACCAGGAAUCUGAUACCCCCCUCCCCAGCCCACCUCCGUGACACUCUGAACAUUCACAACCUUUAUUAUGGGUGAGAACUUUGUUACAACUGUGGGAAUACAACAUAGGUCCCAGGCCCUAGAGGAGCCUGAAAAAGGAGCUGGGGGAGAGCGUGGGUGCUCACACCUCCCAGGAAAGGUGCAGAAUGAUCCACCCUGACCACAGGCCCGUGGGCCUUUAGAAGCUCAGGCCUCAGGCUGGUCAGCGUGAGAAACAUUGUGAACUUAAAUAUAUAAAUAGAGACCCAGGCGAUUGGCCAGGCCCUUCUCCCAAACCCCUGGGGAUCAGGGCUAAGGCCUUAUCCGCUUCUCAGUCAUUACUGGGAAGUAGGAGGCAGGGAAAGUCAUCUUUGGAGUAUUUUGUUUUUUCUUGUUUAUGCACAAAAAAUCUGCAACCCAAAAUAGAGUUCUCUGUCCAUG